GGUUCGGCCGACUCCUACACCAGCCGUCCAUCAGACUCCGAUGUGUCCCUGGAGGAGGAUAAGGAGGCAGUGCGCAGAGAGGCAGAGCGACAGGCUCAGGCACAGAUCGACAAGGCCAAGACCAAACCAGUUGCAUUUGCUGUUCGCACAAAUGUCAACUACAGCCCGAGUCACGAUGAUGACGUCCCCGUGCCAGGCAUGGCCGUCUCCUUUGAGGCCAAAGACUUCCUCCAUGUCAAAGAGAAAUUCAACAACGACUGGUGGAUAGGACGCCUGGUGAAGGAAGGCUGUGAAAUCGGUUUCAUCCCCAGUCCUGUGAAGAUUGAAAACACUCGUAUCCUCCAGGAACAGAGAGCCAAACAGGGCAAGUUCCACUCCAGUAAAUUGGGAGCAAACUCAUCUUCUAGUUUAGGUGAAGUGGUUCCUAACUCACGGAAAUCUACUCCUCCUUCGUCUGCCAUUGAUAUAGACGCCACAGACUUAGACCCCGAGGACAAUGAGCUUCCGGUCAACCUGCGCUCCCCUAAAGCCAGUCCAAACACUGUCAUGUCACCCCUAGCAAAAGAGAAAAGAAUGCCCUUCUUUAAGAAGACGGAACACAUUCCUCCGUACGACGUUGUGCCUUCCAUGCGGCCCGUGGUUCUGGUUGGACCGUCACUGAAGGGCUACGAGGUGACAGACAUGAUGCAAAAAGCACUGUUUGACUUUUUGAAACACAGAUUCGAGGGAAGAAUAUCAAUCACACGCGUCACGGCGGACAUCUCUCUUGCCAAACGCUCAGUCCUGAACAAUCCCAGCAAGCACGCCAUCAUCGAACGCUCCAACACACGCUCAAACUUGGCUGAAGUCCAGAGUGAGAUUGAGCGGAUUUUCGAACUGGCCCGCACGUUACAGCUGGUAGUCCUGGACGCCGACACCAUCAAUCACCCGUCGCAGCUGGGGAAGACUUCCCUCGCCCCCAUCAUUGUCUACGUCAAGAUCACCUCUCCCAAGGUGCUGCAGAGGCUCAUCAAGUCCAGAGGCAAGUCUCAGGCCAAACACCUCAAUGUCCAGAUGGUGGCUGCAGACAAGCUGGCUCAGUGCCCUCCUGAGAUGUUUGACAUCAUCCUAGAUGAGAACCAGCUGGAGGACGCAUGCGAGCAUAUGGCAGAUUACCUGGAGGCCUACUGGAAAAGCACUCACCCCACCAGCUGUAACCCCCCCAACCCAGUGCUAACAAAGCUGCCCACAGCCACCCUGCCCUCCAGCCCGGCCCCGGUCUCUGGCCAGCAGGGCGGCGGUGCAGAGCAGAAAGGAGAUAAAGCAUUAGUGGAGAGAAAAGGCUCCAGAGAAGAUCACCAGCAGCAGCACCAUCACCACCACCACCACCACCACCAGAGCCAGGACCAGGGCGACGCCGAUGCCGAGGCUGAGGGGGAGGGCAACGAGGAGGAGAGGCCUCUGAGGACAGAGUCCUCCAGGAGAGCCCAGCACAUCCACCACCGUUCGUCUUCCACCAGGACUGAGCACCACAACCACCAUCACCACCACCAUCGAGAGCAGGCCGGUAACGUGGCGAGAGGAGCCCCCUCCUCUGCAGAAAUCAGCCCCACCGCCUGUUGCGUGGGCAGGUCUGAGCGGGAUCAGGGGUGA